AUGUGCAUUGCCAUCAUCUCCACAGCCCAUCCCGAGUAUGCUUUGAUUUUGAUCAACAAUCGUGAUGAGUUCCUUGACCGUCCUACGAAGAUCGCCGACUGGUGGGAUGCUCCCAAUUCCAAUGUUCUGGCCGGGCGUGAUCUUCUGCGCGCGGAGCAAGGUACCUGGCUAGGCAUCACAAAGGAAGGUCGCGUAGCCGUUUUGACAAAUUUUCGUGAAGAAGGCGAGAUUAAGCCUGAAGCGAGAUCUCGCGGCGGUUUAGUCACUGCGUUUCUGACACAGCCUCGCGACAGCGAUGAAAGUACGGAGGAUUUUGUAACGUCUCUCGUGGAAGGAGACGGUCUGAAAGGUAUUGGAGGCUUUAGCCUCAUUUGUGGUAAGAUCGGAGAGCCACUUGCUGUUAUAUCGAACCGUACGCCUGAUGUGCAUGGAAUUUCUUGGAUCGUGAAGCAAAGAGAUGAGACCAUAGGGCUUAGCAAUGCCGUGAUAAGUGAUCGCUCUUGGGUGAAAGUCACUGAAGGAGAGAAGCUAGUAGGUGAAAUGAUCAACGAACAUGAAACUGCCAAAGGAUCAAAGGACGAGCUUCUCCAUUCCCUAUUUCAAAUACUGAGCCACGACACCCUUCCACGAUUCGGAACAAGCAAAGACUGGCAAAGUCAGGUGAAAGAGCUUAGAAAAAGCAUUUUCAUUCCUGCAAUGGGCGGUGAGACCACCAAACAAGCAAGUGCUGAAGACCUAGCGGCAGCCAAGACUAAUACACAACUGUCUGUUGAGAAAUCGGAAGUUAAAGCAGACUCGAAUGCUCUGAAAGGUGCAUAUGGAACUCAAAAACAAACCGUUAUCCUGGUGGCGAAUGACCACAGGGUAACGUUUGUUGAACGAACCCUCUCUACCCAAGGCCACAUGAAAGAUAGUCUUCACGAUAUUAAGUCAUUCGAAUUUGUUCUUAACAGGCGAAAAGUCAGCGUGAGAUGA